AUGCUUGCGACGUUUGGAUCCGACAUGUGUUAUCAUGCAACAGAUAUGCUCAAUAAUCCGAAAUUACAUCAAGUAAAUAUCGUUUUUGUCGAAUUACUUGUUUCUCGAAAAUCUUUUUCCCUUUGCCUGAGUGGUACCUGUGAUUGUUGGGACGCAACCGUACCUAGCGAACGGAGACAAAGGCCAGAUACAGUACGCUGCAUAAUAACUUAUAUAACGGGCGAAAAACGAGAGGAACUAAGCAAGCAAUUGACGCAACGUCGAGCAGCAAUCCUAGAUGAGGAGGAGAUGCUUGGAGUUAACGACGAAUUUAUACCUGGUGGCGAAGAUAAUACUGGUAAUAUUUCAUUUUUUUGCUUUUUUGAUAUCAAGGAUUAUCCGAUAAAACAACAGAGGUGGACGAAAAGAAGUGAAAUUUUAUCUAUUGGGAUAGUCUGGAUUCCAAAGUACUCUGUUAUGGACCUUUUUUCUCCCCACUUUCGCUCUGUUUUGCUUCUUUUCCCAGACGCACUCGUUUUUUCUUGUUUUUCAAAGCAAUGGAAAUCGCAAAAAAGGAAAAAUCAGGAGUAG